AUGCAGAGCAACUACUCCCUGGUUGUCACCACCAGGGAAAGUCUCCAAGUCCUGUCUACGGCACUGACAAACUCAUCAGCUGUGUCGCACUCAUCCCCUCCCUGCCCCCUCACCUCUUCAGAUUACCAGUUUUCACUAAUUCCAGCCCUCUUUUCUGCAGUGUUUGUUCUUGGUUUGGUUGGCAACAGUGUGGUGGUUGUGGUGCUCUGUCGUCACACUGGCCCCAAGACAGUUGCUAAUAUCUACAUUUUCAACCUGGCCAUGGCAGACCUGCUGUGCCUGGCCACCCUCCCCUUCUGGGCCACCUACUAUGCUCAGGGAUACAACUGGCUCUUCGGGUCUCUCAUGUGCAAGAUCUCCAGUUCUGUCCUCUGUCUGAAUAUGUUUGCAAGUAUUUUUUUCAUUACGUGCAUGAGUGUGGACCGGUACCAUGCCAUUGUCCAUCCUAUUCACUCCCAGAGGAGAACUCCAAAACAAGCUUAUUUUGUAGCAUUUGUUGUGUGGGGCCUCGCCUGUUUGUCCUCCCUCCCAACAUUUUAUUUCCGAGACACUUACUAUGUUGAAAGCUUGGAGGUCAAUGCUUGCAUCAUGGCCUUUCCUUAUGAGAACUAUGCAAAGUGGUCUGUGGCAACUGCCUUCCUGAAAAACACCCUCGGCUUCUUCAUCCCCUUGGCAGUGAUCACCACCUGCUACAUCUGGAUCAGGAGGCACUUGCUUAAAGCACAGGAGUUUGGGAAAAGCAGGCAGAAGAGGGACAAAGUGCUAAAGCUGGUGGCUGCUGUUGUCAUGGCCUUCCUGAUUUCCUGGCUGCCGUUCCAUGUUUUAACAUUUCUGAAUGCUUUGUCUCACAUGGAGGUCAUUAACAGCUGUGAGGUGAUGGGGGUCAUCGACACGGCGCUGCCGUUCGGCAUCUGCAUGGCCUUUGCCAACAGCUGCAUCAACCCCCUGCUCUACUGCUUCAUUGGCAACCAGUUCCAGGAGAAGCUCCACCGCCUCUUCAAGAGAAGAGUUUAUCAGCUCAACAGCCACCGGGAGAGCUCCUCUGCCAGGAAGGGCAGCUGCUUCAGAGAUGCUGAAACCCCCACGGGCAAAGAAGGGGAGCCUGAGUCUUUCCUGUAG